AGCCCGCCCUGAGUCACUCGCUUGGUGCAGCUGCGAGGGACCCUCCGCCGCGCAGCCCGACCCGGAUCCCCCUUGCGCCGCCGAGAGGAGAGGAGAGGAGAGGAGAGGGGGGACGCCUGCUCUCCACCGCCGGACGCCCGGGCAGAGGGACCCCAGCCCCGCCGCCGAAGGAGCUGCCCCUAUUGAUGUGCAGCUGGAACCGCUGGAACCGCAGCAACCACGGUGGACAGCAUGAAAGAGGAAGUUCCCCCUAACUCUACCAAAGAACAGCCCGGCUGGUUUGUGUCCAACAAUGCCAGCAGCGAUUCCCUGUAUCUCUCUGAAGCCCCUCCUCUUCCCUUGAACCCUUGGGAUGUGGUGCUUUGUGUUUCCGGGACGAUCAUUUCCUGCGAGAAUGCCAUUGUGGUGGCCAUCAUCUUCUACACGCCCACUUUCCGGACACCCAUGUUCCUGCUGAUUGGGAGCUUGGCCACGGCUGACCUCUUGGCCGGCUUGGGCCUCAUCUUCCACUUUGCCUUUGUUUAUUGCAUCCAGUCUGAAGUGGUGGAUCUCAUCACGGUGGGCCUCCUGGUGUGCUCGUUCACCGCCAGCGUGGGUAGCCUCCUCGCCAUCACCAUAGACCGUUACUUAUCCCUCUACAACGCCUUGACCUAUUAUUCGGAAAGGACCGUCACCAGGACAUACAUCAUGCUGAUCCUCACCUGGGGAGUCUCCAUCUGCUUUGGGCUGUUGCCUGUGAUGGGGUGGAACUGCUUGAAAGACACCACCAGCUGCAGCAUCGUCAAGCCCUUGACCAAGAACAACCUCAUCAUCCUCUCCAUCUCUUUCUUCAUGGUCUUUGCUAUGAUGUUGCAGCUCUAUGUGCAAAUCUGCAAGAUCGUCUGCCGGCACGCCCAGCAGAUUGCCCUCCAGAGACACUUCUUGGCCACCUCCCACUACGUCACCACCAGGAAAGGGAUCUCCACGUUGGCUGUCAUCCUAGGGACCUUUGCUUCUUGUUGGUUGCCCUUUGCCAUUUACUGCCUCCUGGGGGAUUACACCUACCCUGCUCUCUACACCUACAUGACUGUGCUCCCUGCUACCUAUAAUUCCAUGAUCAACCCUGUGAUCUAUGCCUUCAGGAACCAAGAAAUCCAGAAAGUGCUCUGGACUAUCUGUUGUGGGUGCAUCUCUUCCACCAUGCCUUUCCGAUCCAGAUCUCCCAGUGAUGUCUGAAUCACACAAUUGUUGCACUAACCGUUUUUCUGCAGAAGACUUACUUGAUCAGAGCUUAGAAAUGACUUCUUGAGACUACAGCUCCCACAUUCUCCCAUCCAGCAUCGCAUAGCUGCCUGGGGCUUUAUGGGAGUUGCAGUCCAGAAAAAAAUAACAUUGCCAAGGCAUGGACUUGAUUUGGAAAUAAGAGUUUCCGUUUUUCUUUUUGCACAAUCCUCUGGGAUUUCUGAGAGACAUUAAAUACACAACACCCUUAAGUUAUUUUCUGUCAUUUGAGUGAAAUUGCGAUGAUCUUUUAUUUAUUUUUUCAAUUUUGGGAGAAAAGAAAUAUGUCAUUUAUUUUUUUAUCCAUACAUUUUUUAGCAGGAAACGUGUUUGUGUGUAUUGUGAAUCUCUCUGUCUGUCUGUGUGUGUGGUAGUUAUAUGUCAAAGAUCUGAUACAAAUAUUUGAUUUGAAAAAGAAUUAUAACAUUAUUUUUUAAGAAAGGGAUAUGGGAAGAAACCUCAAAACCUUUUGACCUUGCUUUUGAGUUUCUUCAGCCUUAAUUACCUCAGAUAUUUAGAAAAAAUAUUUUUCUACAUUGAAACGGUUAUCAUUGUGCCCAUUCUCAUCUUUUUUUCUCCCAUUAAUGGAAGAAGAGAGGAAGCCAAUUUUUGAAACAAAUAUGUCCAUUGCAUU